CGUAUCACAUGUAACACGCGGGUGCAGCCACCGUUGCGCUGCGUGAACGGGAAAAAAGGAGCAAGCACGGGAGAAACGCGCGUGUGUCAGGGGGAAGUCGACGUCCGUCCCCGUGAGUCACGCAACUCCGCAACUGCGACGCGCGCGCGAUGUGUAACGGUCGUCAUUUCCGACUUCUCGCCGUGAACUGAGGUCGCACUCCGAGCCGAGCCGACUAGCCGAGCAUUCGCCGUUCGCGGGUGAACACGGACGCUCCGAUCGACGCGAAGUAGGAACUUAUAGGAGGGACAGUGUACGUUUCACGGGAGGAUAUGCCGGACAGCGGAGCCGUUUACCAGCCGACCACCGUCGGCUACACGUACGACAGCGGCGGUGAUGGCACCGGGGGCGGCGGCGGGUUGAGGCACGGUUUCUGGCGUGUCAUGUCCAGGCACAAGCUCAGCUCCAGGAAGUGGCUCGAGUGGGUGCUGCUGUCGGUCGCGCUGUGCUUCUUCGUCGCUGGCCUCACGACGAUGCUCGUCAACCUCGUGUCCGCGAGUGAGCAGCCGCAGCCGCACACGACGACCGCGCCUGAGGUAAAGCCAGAGGUGCACAAGACGAUGGCUACGGAUGUGCAGCAGCACGUGGAGGACACGGGGAAAGGCUCGGUGGCGUUAGGCGCAGGCAUGAUGCUGGUAGGCGUGCUGCUCGGCUGCGUUUGGGCAUGGCUGACUUUCUUCCGUCGCAGCAAGUCACCGAGGAACGGCAUGGCGGGUGGCAGCGGUCAGUACGGGCCAGUACUCACCGAGGUGCCGAGCCAGCUGAAGAUGAAGCAAGCCGGCACGCACGACACACCGGCCAUGCCGCUUUCCGAUCAAGAGGAGGAGACGCAUACGCUAAUGCAGGACUCGGCGAGCCCGCCAUCCGUCUCCAUCGGAUCUGGCACCAUCGCUAACCAGAUUCCAGGUUGAGUAGUAAGGACAAUCGGUCGCUACCGCGAGCGCAGCGCGCACGGCACACGGACGUUGCUUUGAUUUUCCAAAUCAUUCUGGUCCCGCGCAAACAAUUUUUAUUACGAGUUAAUGGCGAUUUUGCGAAAGGUUGCCCGUUCUAUUUAGGAUUAGACGUUGCCCUCUCCGGCUUGGUCAAGCCGGAGGCGCACUCGCGAUGUCGCCGACAUCGGUUUUGUGAUUUAAAAAUUUUAUGCCAUUUGGAAAAAGCAAGUACUUUUUUUUUAAAUAUAGUUUGUGCGACUUGUGGCAUAGAAAUUUUUAUUUACAAUAGGCACAAUUGCGAUUUAAAAGCGAUCUCAUUUAUAGUGUAUUUAUAGGGGCGGCGGUACUUAGCCUUCCGUUUUUGUAUUCUGUGCAUUCCUACACUCCGUCCAUUAUCGUUAUUAAUGUGUUAAGCGAGCAUUGGAUCCAAAUAGAAAAGAAGAAAGAAAAACAAGUUACGCAAAUCUCGAAAAACAGUUGCAUUACGUGCCCGUGUGAGUUUGAUAGUAUAAUCUUUACAUCAGAAGCACUGAAUUUAAUGGGAAACGUCUUUUAAACAUCUUUUAUCUUUAUAUUAUUGGGAAACAAUACAGUUGUCAUAUCUAUAUAUAAAUGCUUUUAAAACGCCGUGUGUUGAUCUCUUUAACGACUCUUAAUCCGCUGCGCAUUUAAAUCACCUUAAAUUUGAUUCGAUAUGCGUAGAACAUUGAUAUUUUUGCAUGAGACGUGCAUUGAAAUAUUCGAUUAAAGUCAGCAGCAGUGACACCAAACACUGUAAGUUAAAGUAAAUUUCACAUAUUGACGUACGUAUCAAUUAAGCCGAUAAUUGUCACUGUAAUUAAUACGCAAGCAAUUAUGUAUAUAUUAGUAAUAAUAAUGUAUAUAAAACUUAAGUGAAUCAAUGAAACGAUACCGCGACCGAAAAUUGCGAUUGGUUUUAAAAUAUUCAUGGCGUUAGGGCGUAAGUUAAGCCAUAUAGUGCACAAUUUCAUUUACCUUGGUUUACUUUACGUUUCCAUUAAUUCAUGAUAUUGUGUAAUCGUACUUUUAUAUCGCACAUGUAUUCUUGUGACAAAGUAUAACGUUUUUCUUUUUUUUAAAUAAUUGUAUUCUCUUUAGCAAGAUAUCUAUUGCACUGAAAUAUUUCAUUUUAUACAAUCGAUUUAGCUGGUUUUGCAUGUAAACAUAAUAUAAACGUAGUAUUUACUCCAUCAGGUAUUUAAGAGGAUAUUAUGUAGGAUAUCGUUUUUCAGACAUCACGUACGUAUAACAGUCGUUAAGCUAAGUUUUACAAAUUUAUCGUUCUUACAUUGUAACGAGGCGUUUGAUUCUGUUAUGAUAAACAUUUUCGAAGAACCAUCACGAACAAUGGCCUGUAAGUUCGUCUGAAUUCAAUGCUGUAGAUUAUAAUAAGCACGCGUUUACACAUCUUCACUUGUAACAUUUGCGUGAGAACUGUAUUAUGUCUGUGUUACUGACUCCCAUAUUAAUUUAUGUUCUGGAGCAUGUAAGGCAAUAAACAAAAAAAUUAAUCUACGA